AACUCUAACCCUAAACUAGCCACCCAUCUUCACCAAAGCCUCUUUUUAUCGCUACCAUCAUCUCUGGAAACUCUUUCCGUCGGUGAGGGGUUGUAGCAGCAAGGGAGGGUGGUCACCGAAGGAGAGAGAGACAGAAAGAGAGGCACUCGUGCCCAAAAUUGGAGAUUGUACGAUCGCACGACAGAGAAGAAGAAGAAGAAGGAAGAGGAAUGCGACAGAGAAGAAGAAGAAGAAAAUUAUGAGGUAGAGAAGGCUGGUAAUGGGCGGUUGCAGCAGCGACGAUAGUCGCAAAGGGGUAGAGGCGAUAACAGCGACGACAGAAGGGUGAAGCGAAGGAAAAUGGGGGUUACGCCGAUCGUGUUCUUAGAUUUGCAGGUGAAAUGGGUCGUGAUAGUGGAAGAAGAGACGACAAGAAACAACAGAUAAGGGGAGAGAUGGCGGCAGCGACAAAGAUUCAAAACUCGCUGUUUCCCUCUUUGAAAGCUAGUUCAUUGACUUCUCAAUUCCUAUCACGCAUUCGAAUUCAAGAUGGAAGUUGGAGGCGAUUUGGAUGCGAAGAUAGAGUCGCUUUUGAAUGUGGAGAAGCAGAUGAGACUAGCAGGCGAUGUUGCCGGCACCAAGAAGGCCGUCACCGAUAUUUUGCAGCUUUGCUUCGAAGCUCGUGCAUGGAAGACCCUCAAUGACCAAAUUACCUUGUUAUCGAAGCGCCGUGGUCAGUUGAAGCAGGCUGUAACUGCAAUGGUCCAGCAAGCGAUGCAAUAUAUUGAUGAGACACCUGAUCUUGAAACUAAGAUAGAGCUUAUUAAGACACUUAACUGUGUAUCUGCAGGAAAGAUAUAUGUUGAGAUAGAGAGAGCGCGAUUGAUCAAAAAACUUGCAAAGCUUAAGGAAGAACAAGGGCAGAUAGUUGAGGCUGCUGAUUUAAUGCAAGAAAUUGCUGUGGAAACAUUUGGUGCAAUGGCAAAAACUGAAAAAAUAGCUUUCAUUCUUGAACAAGUUCGUUUAUGUUUAGACCGCCAGGAUUAUGUGCGUGCACAAAUCCUCUCUAGAAAAAUUAGUGCAAGAGUUUUUGAUGCAAAUACUUCAAAAGAAAAGAAAAAACCUAAAGAAGGUGAUAAUGUUGUGGAAGAGGCUCCAGCUGAUAUUCCAUCAUUGUUGGAGUUGAGGCAAAUCUACUAUGAAUUAAUGAUACGGUACUACUCACACAACAAUGAUUACCUUGAAAUAUGUCGUUGUUACAAGGCAAUAUAUGAGAUUCCCUCUGUCAAAGAAGACCCUGCUCAGUGGAUACCAGUCCUGCGGAAAAUAUGCUGGUAUUUAGUUUUGUCACCGCAUGAUCCUAUGCAGUCAAGCCUUCUUAAUUCCACAUUGGAGUAUAAAGAUCUUUCAGAAAUUCCUCAUUUUAGGUUGCUUUUGAAACAGCUGGUUACAAUGGAGGUGAUUCAGUGGACGGCUUUGUGGAAUGCAUUCAAGGAUGAAUUUGAGAAUGAAAAGAACAUGCUUGGUGGUUCUUUAGGUGACAAAGCAGCUGAAGAUUUGAGACAGAGAGUAAUAGAACAUAACAUCCUUGUUGUCUCAAAGUAUUACUCAAGGAUUACCUUGAGGAGACUUGCUGAGCUGCUUUGUCUCAUUGUUCAGGAAGCUGAAAAGCAUCUUUCAGAUAUGGUUGUCUCAAAAGCAUUGGUAGCAAAGAUUGACCGGGCAAUGGGGUUAGUUUGCUUCCAGACAGCGAAGGACAGCAAUGACCGUUUGAAUUCAUGGGCCAUCAACUUGGAGAAGUUGCUUGACCUUGUGGAGAAGAGCUGUCACCAAAUCCACAAGGAAACUAUGGUUCACAAGGCUGCCUUGAAAGUUUGAAAAUGCUCUGAUAUAUGGGUACCAAAUGGUGGCCCUUGUGUUCUGCUGUGUUUUGGGGACUAUUGACAGAAACAAAAUUUGCAGUGGGAAGAGAUUUAUGUGCUUUAUUUGUUUCCACCACCAUGUUCUGCUUUUAUUGAGAUUGAUGAUUAGAUAAUCCAGUUGGUUUUUCUGUCUUUUGAGUCUUUUGUUCUAUUAUUCUUUGUUAGUUUUUUUUUGUUUUUCAUCUGUUAUUCAUGGUCGUCGUGAUCAAUUUAUUAUUAGUUGUGAUUUGAAAAUCAGUGAGGUCCAUGAAUGAUGCUUGUAAUUCAAUUACAUAAAACAACCCAUAACAUGACAUCAUCAUGUUAGUGGGGUUCGUUCAGCUGACUA